AUUGGCCCACAGGAGCGAGAAACGCGGGGCACGAGGAGGGGGCAUCAAAUAUAAACCACUGCGGGUGCAAUCAGCUACGAGUCAAUCUACAACCUACUCUCAGAAAGUUCAACAAAGUGCUCAAAGGAUAUUUCACAAUUACACUGGAGCGGAGUAUCCACCAACGAGUAUAGGAUGUAUUUUUGCGCCUUUUUCUUUUUUACUUGUCUCCAAGAGUGCCCCUCUUGUCAUAGAACAUUUAUUGACGUCUGUUAGGAAUGUUUAUCUUGUAACAUACUCAAUAUCAAGAAUGCAGUGUGUGGCAGUGCGCUCGUGUGUGCUGCUGCUCCUCGUGCACCUGUGCGCACCAGGCCAAGUCAAGAGAGCGCGCGGCAGAGGAGCGCUCCGCGUGCAGCAGCAGGCUCCCGUAGAGCGAGUGGAGGGGGCAGAGAGUUUUCCUUUGGACUUUACAGCCGUGGAGGGCAACAUGGACAACUUUAUGGUUCAGAUUAAGAACCUGGCGCAGUCUCUAUACCCGUGCUCUGCGCAAAAACUGGAUCAGGAUAUGAAGCUUCACUUUCUCAACAACGAGACUGUCACAUGUAACGACGGCUCUCCAGCGGGAUAUUACCUAAAGCAGUCUAAAGGCAGCAAAAGAUGGCUGGUGUUUUUAGAAGGUGGAUGGUACUGCUUCAACAGACAAACGUGCAACAGCAGGUACGAGACAAUGAGGAGACUGAUGAGCUCCACCAAGUGGCCAACGAGCAGAACAGGCACAGGGAUCUUGUCUCCACAGCCUGAAGAAAAUCCUCAUUGGUGGAACGCCAACAUGGUAUUCAUUCCAUAUUGUUCAAGUGAUGUUUGGAGUGGAGCUACACCGAAAUCAGGACACAGUGACUAUGCCUUCAUGGGUUCACUGAUCAUACAAGAGGUGGUCAAUGAGCUGCUCACCAAAGGGUUAAACAAUGCUAAAGUUGUGCUCUUGGCAGGGAGCAGUGCUGGAGGUACCGGGGUCCUGCUCAAUGUGGACCAUGUGUCGGAGCAGCUGAAGGCCCAGGGCCACACAGGAGUGCAGGUCCGUGGGCUUGCUGACUCUGGAUGGUUCCUGGACAAUAAACAGUACAAAUUCACAGACUGUUUGGACACCAUCAGCUGUGCCCCUACAGAGGCCAUAAAGAGAGGUGUCAGAUAUUGGGGUGCACAAGUGCCAGAAAACUGCAGACAGGCUCAUGUUGGAGAAGAGUGGAACUGCUUCUUUGGAUAUAAAGUCUUUCCCACUCUGAGCAGUCCAGUGUUUGUGGUGCAGUGGUUGUUUGACGAGGCCCAGCUUACAGUGGAUAAUGUACACCUCACAGGUCAGCCUGUCCAUGAGGGGCAAUGGAGGUACAUCCAGACGCUGGGGCAGGAGCUGAGAGCCACACUGCGGGACGUCUCGGCCAUUUUCUCUCCAGCCUGUCUCUCACAUGAACUCAUCACCAGAACAAACUGGAUGGAGAUUCAAGUCAAAGGCACGUCUUUACCUCGAGCUCUGCACUGUUGGGACCGUAGCCUGCAGGACAAUACAAAUGUGAGCCAUGGGAACCACAGCACCCUAAAGCAGCGGACACCUCUGAGGGGCUGCCCUGUGCACCUAGUGGACAGCUGCCCCUGGCCCCACUGUAACCCCACCUGCCCCACCAUCCGCGACCAGCUGACAGGGCAGGAGAUGAGCGUCAUACAGUUCCUCAAGCACAUGGGUUUCGAUGUGCAGAAAAUGGCUCAGCAGCAAGGCAUGGACCCCCGAAAGCUACUGGGUAUGCUCAACAAUGGCAGCUGA